CCGGGUCGCAUGGUGGCAGAGUUCAAACCAGAGGAUAACACAAUGCGAAUUUUGCAGACGUCUAGGCGAUGAGUGCAUUUCUCACUUUGUAACUUUAUGAAUUACUUCACCCCUUGCAUUCAUAAAUCAUAGUUCGUAUGUAAUUUAAAACAAACCCGACAUCCCUUGAAAGUAAAGGAGUUUGUAAACACCUCACCGUUCUGACCAUGUCGGGGGACCUGGAUCUGUCUCCUCCGGAGGUGCCCGAGCCCACCUUGUUUGAGAGUCUGCUCCGUUACGGACUCCUGUUGGGGGCUGUCUUUCAGCUAGUCUGCAUCUUGGCUGUGAUAAUGCCGUUUAACAAGAUCCACGAACAGGAGGAGUCUGCAGAGAAGAAUGACGUGAAGGGAGGAGACCAAACCAAAAAGGCCAAAGGGCCUGUACCUCAACCCCGUCAGAAACCCAAGAAAGAGAGUAAAAAGAAGAGAUAAGUGAGGGUGUGUGUGUGUGUGUGUGUGUGUGUGUGUGUGUGUGUGUGUGUGUGUUUGCUAUUGCCUGACAGUGUUUCAGGCUUGGGAAUGCAGCCGUUUUUGCAUCAAAUCAUUGAUGUACACACAUCUAUGCAGAGAUGCUGCACAACUUGGCCAUUGACCAAUGUAUACUGUGCCAUUUACAUUAUGAGUAGUCACCAUGGUAACUAAGACCCGUGACCACUGAGAGAUACUUCAUCAGUGCAGAUGUGUGCAUUGUGGUGGCCGCACUGUACCACGUGCUCAUUUAACACCCUCAACUGCACAUGAAUGCACAGGGAUUUGUGGACAUUUCAUUUUAACAAACGUAAAAAAAUGGUGUUAUAUAAAUGCUGACCAAACGACAGAGUUGAUGUGUGAGCGAAUCUUGACAGCGAAAAUAGGAUACAAUAUUUAGACAUCAUAUUUUGUUAUGUCUUUUUUUUUAUGUGCUAAACCUUUGGAGUUGGAAGUAUGUGUUGGGACCACAUAUGGUGUGAGCCUUUUCUUGGUUCCAGUGUCUUUCAGUCUAAACUGACCACUACAUUUAAUAAAGAAUUGUAUUCAAAGAUG